AUGAACGAGGUGUCUGUCAUUAAAGAAGGCUGGCUCCACAAGCGUGGUGAAUACAUCAAGACGUGGAGGCCCCGGUACUUCCUGCUGAAGAGUGACGGCUCCUUCAUUGGCUAUAAGGAGCGGCCCGAGGCCCCUGACCAGACCCUGCCCCCUUUAAACAACUUCUCCGUUGCGGAAUGCCAGCUGAUGAAGACGGAGAGGCCGCGGCCCAACACGUUUGUCAUACGCUGCUUGCAGUGGACCACAGUCAUCGAGAGGACCUUCCAUGUAGACUCUCCAGAUGAGAGGGAAGAGUGGAUGCGGGCCAUCCAGAUGGUCGCCAACAGCCUCAAGCAGCGGGGCCCAGGCGAGGACCCGAUGGAAUACAAGUGUGGCUCCCCUAGUGACUCUUCUGCAGCUGAGGAGAUGGAAGUGGCAGUUAGCAAGGCACGGGCCAAGGUGACCAUGAAUGACUUCGACUAUCUCAAGCUCCUCGGCAAGGGCACCUUCGGCAAAGUCAUCCUGGUGCGGGAGAAGGCCACCGGCCGCUACUACGCCAUGAAGAUCCUGCGGAAGGAGGUCAUCAUCGCCAAGGAUGAAGUCGCCCACACAGUCACCGAGAGCCGAGUCCUCCAGAACACCAGGCACCCGUUCCUCACUGCGCUGAAGUACGCCUUCCAGACCCACGACCGCCUGUGCUUCGUGAUGGAGUACGCCAACGGUGGGGAGCUGUUCUUCCACCUGUCCCGGGAGCGCGUCUUCACGGAGGAGCGGGCCCGCUUCUAUGGCGCAGAGAUCGUCUCGGCCCUGGAGUACCUGCACUCGAGGGAUGUGGUGUACCGCGACAUCAAGCUGGAAAACCUCAUGCUGGACAAAGAUGGCCACAUCAAGAUCACUGACUUCGGCCUGUGCAAAGAGGGCAUCAGUGAUGGGGCCACCAUGAAAACCUUCUGCGGAACCCCCGAAUAUCUGGCACCCGAGGUCCUGGAGGACAACGACUACGGCCGGGCGGUGGACUGGUGGGGGCUGGGCGUGGUCAUGUACGAGAUGAUGUGCGGCCGCCUGCCCUUCUACAACCAGGACCACGAGCGCCUCUUCGAGCUCAUCCUCAUGGAGGAGAUCCGCUUCCCGCGCACGCUCAGCCCCGAGGCCAAGGCCCUGCUGGCGGGGCUGCUAAAGAAGGACCCCAAGCAGAGGCUCGGCGGGGGGCCCAGCGACGCCAAGGAGGUCAUGGAGCACAGGUUCUUCCUCAGCAUCAACUGGCAGGAUGUGGUACAGAAGAAGCUCCCACCACCCUUCAAACCUCAGGUCACAUCUGAGGUCGACACCAGGUACUUCGAUGAUGAGUUCACUGCCCAGUCCAUCACAAUCACACCCCCGGACCGCUAUGACAGCCUGGGCUCUCUUGACAUGGACCAGCGGACUCACUUCCCCCAGUUCUCCUACUCGGCCAGCAUCCGCGAGUGA